AUGUCGAUGCCCGGAACAAGCGGCCAUGGCCGUGCCUGCUGCAACAUCCCACCCGUCGUAGCUGAAGGAUACGUCGCCAAGGGCUCCUACGAGCAGCUAGGCGGCAGCAAGACCUAUGUUACUGGCCCGGCCGACGCAACACUGGGCAUCGUGUCCAUUUUCGACAUCUUUGGCUUCGUGGAUCAGACGGUACAGGGAGCGGACAUCUUGAGCGCAGGCAUUCAGGGCGCGCAGUACAAGGUCUUCAUCCCGGACUGGUUCGACGGCAACUCCUGCCCGACGGAGUGGUAUCCCCCUGACACCCCAGAGAAGCAGAAUAAUUUAGGCGCCUGGUUUAGCGCUAACGACCCCAACGCUGUUGCAGCCAAGCUCCCAGCCUUUGUCGACAGCCUAAAAGCCGCCUACCCCAGCAUCACAAAAUGGGGUCUGAUCGGGUACUGCUGGGGCGGCAAGGUCGCAGAGCUCGUCACCUCGGCGCCGUCCAAUCCCUUCGCCGUCGCCGCCGGUCUGCAUCCUGCCAUGAUCGAUCCCGAGGGCGCCAAGUCCAUUUCUGUCCCGUACCUGCUCCUCGCUUCCGGUGAAGAUCCCGCCGCCGAUGUCGCCGCCUUUGAGCAGGGUCUCUCGGUGCCCCAUCAUGUCGAGACCUUUGGCGACCAGGUCCACGGCUGGAUGGCGGCCCGCGCGGACCUCUCCGACCCGAGAGUCAGGGAAGAAUAUGCCCGUGGCUACCAGACUGUUUUGGAGUUUUUUGGCAGGCACCUGUGA